AUUGAGUUUAAAAGACUUGGAGCUUCACUUGAGUUUUUAGUACUUGUCUAGUUAUUUAGAAAGAUUUCUUUUAUUAAAAAAAUUGAACUGAUUUUUUGGUUGCUCCUCUGCAAGUCUGCUCCACAAAAUGGCAAGCGUACCAACAGUUAACUCCGGCGCCGGCGAGCUACUCCGGUCUCAGCUCUUCCAAGUCCUCCUCAGCCGCCGUCCACCUCAAGUUCCACUUUCUGUGAUACCUGGAAAACCGGUUACAGAUCCUUUGUAUCAGCAAACUCCCAAGCCAGUGUUUAGUGAGGCAAUGGCAUCUUGUCCAAAUGCAGAUGUCCCCAAUUUUAAACUAUUACUCCAGGAAGAAAAUUUCUACCUCACUACCGAGGAGGGAGACCAGGGGCAGUUGCCUGUCUUGAUAUUGAGCAUGAAAGAAGUCAAUAAGACCAAAAGGCCAGCUAUUGUCUUUUUGCAUAGCACAAGUAAAUGCAAAGAGUGGUUGAGGCCACUGCUUGAGGCAUAUGCUUCGAGGGGAUACAUAGCUAUCGCCAUUGAUUCUCGUUAUCAUGGAGAGCGGGCAAGCAGCUUGACAACCUAUCAAGAUGCCCUUGUUUCUUCAUGGAAGAAAGGAGAUACAAUGCCAUUUAUAUAUGACACGGUUUGGGAUAUGAUAAAACUAGCGGAUUAUCUUACGAAAAGGGAAGAUAUUGACCCGUCAAGGAUAGGGGUCACCGGGGAAUCACUUGGAGGCAUGCAUGCUUGGUUUGCUGCUUCAGCUGACACUCGUUAUACAGUGGCUGUCCCCAUAAUCGGGGUACAGGGAUUCAGAUGGGCCAUAGAAAAUGACAAAUGGCAAGCUAGAGUGAACAGUAUCAAGGCUGUCUUUGAAGAAGCCCGGGCUGAUUUAGGAAUGGAUGAGAUUGAUAAAUAUGUGGUGGAGAAGGUGUGGGACAGAAUUGCACCAGGUUUAGCCUCAGAUUUUGAUUCGCCCUACACAGUGCCGAUUAUUUCACCACGACCUUUGCUGAUUCUUAAUGGUGAAGAAGAUCCUCGGUGUCCACUCGCUGGGUUGAAAGUUGUAAUGUCUAAAGCUAGCCAAACUUAUGAAGAUGCACAAUGUCCUAAAAAUUUCCAGGCACACAAUUUCAAGGUAGACACCACCUUUGACACCACCUUCUCAUAGACAUCCGACACUCUUCUGUGUAUGUGAAUUCAUGUAAGAAGAGUGGUGGUGUCAAAGUUGGGAGUACUCCAAGCUUCAUUCUUCCAAGGUAUUAAAAGAUUUCUCAAAUUUUUCUCAAACAAAAUUCAGGUGAUAGCGCAAACUGGAGUUGGGCAUGAAAUGACACCAUUCAUGGUAAAAGAAGCAAGUGAUUGGUUUGACAAAUUCCUCAAGCCCCUUGAGCUAAAACCUUAAGGGCUUAGUUUGGGAGGUUUUUGGAGAGGUUUGCGUGGUGAAAGAAGCAAACGAGAAUCAUUUUCCAUUUGUUGAGAGAAAAUCUUUUUCUUUAAAAAUAUUUUUCUACCACUUACAAACGAAUGAAAUUGGAAUUGAAAU